AACGAUCUUAGGAGUCAUUGCAGGGUAGCCUACAGUGCUGGUAACUACUUGAGCUUAACCACCGCUGGCUCAAGGGGCAUAGACUCGCAGGCACAGAAAAGAAAAGAACAAAACUAUUGGUCGAGCGAUUUGUCAAGCGAACUUGAGUAAGUCGUGGAAAAAGAAAGUUUAAGCUGUCCAACUGCCUCAGAUUAAGAGAUGCUCAUCGAACUGUUCUUACUGGUGACUUCCCUCGUCCUCCUGUGGGUAGCGCUGAAGAGGCCCCCGGGACUUCCCCCUGGACGAUGGGGCUUACCUGUGAUCGGCUACGUUCCCCCGAGUGCCAAGUAUAUCGACGACAUCCUGAAGGACUUCCAGAAGGAGUUCGGUGACCUAUACAUAUGGAAGUUCGGAAGCAGAAUUCAAGUCUUCAUUCACGACUACCAUUUGGUCAAGCAGAUUUUCAACGGUCCGGAUUACAUCGACAGACCUGACAUGGAAAUAUUCAAACUCUUCGAAGGUACUGCUUAUGGUAUUUCCGGAAGUAUCGGUGGCAUCUGGCACACCAACCGCCGUUUCAUCCUGCGUCAGCUGCGGGACCUCGGCAUGGGCAAGUCCCGCCUGGUGGACGCAGUCCAAGAACAGGCCGAGAUUCUCGUCGAGGCCCUGAAGGAGCAAGAGGGCCAGGCGCGGCCCAUCGCCGAGGCUUUGAACUUCGUCAUCAUGAACAUCAUCUGGAAAAUGACUGCGAACAAACACUUCGACAUUAAGAGUCCCAAGCACCGAUACUUGCGGCAGCUGAUAGCGGACUCCAUUCCUGCGACCAACAACGUUAUAGUGUCUGACAUGCUGCCAUGGACGAGCACCGUUCUGCCGAAAUCCGUCUUUCGCGCCCUUUUCAAAGUGGAUAAAUUUAUCGAAAUUGUAGACAAGUUCCAUGAAUUUUUCCAGGAGAUGAUCGAAGAGCACAAAGAGUCCCUGAAUCCUGACGACCCGAAGGACCUGAUCGACGCCUACCUCCUGGAGAUGAAGGACAGGGAGGAAAAUCCGGGAGAGGCUGAGGGCGUUCGUCAUGAGGCUGACUUACGGGCCGUGCUCUUCGACGCGCUCUUUGCCGGCAGUGACACGACCUACAACACCAUGAAGUGGAUAUUCCUCUACUUGGCGGCCCAUCCGGAUAAGCAGCGGAAGUUGCAAGAGGAGCUGGACAGUGCCGUCCCAAGUGGCACUCUCGUGACGCUGGAGGACAAACCCAGGAUUCCCUACACUGAGGCCGUAAUCAACGAAGUCCUUCGCAUGUCUAGUCUCACCAACGUAGGCCUACCUCACUGCCCAGACAGGGACAUGGUUCUAGCUGGAUAUAAGAUCCCGAAGGGAAGUAUGGUCACCUCAGUAACAGCGUCUAUCCACUUCGAUCCCAGGUACUGGGACCAGCCUGAUUUGUUCCUCCCUGAACGCUGGCUUAGUCCAGAAGGAAAGUUCGUCAUGAGAAAGGAAGGUUACCUGCCCUUUGGCACAGGUAAGAGAUCGUGCGUGGGAGAGUCUCUCGCGCGCAUGGAACUGAUGAUAUUCACAGCCACCGUCAUGCAGAAUUUCACGAUCAGUCCACCAGAGGGAAAGACCAUCGACUUACUACCAGAUUUCGACAACAGGGUCAUUCACAUGUCUAGGAAACAGGAUGUCGUCUUUACCAGCAGGAAUCUAUUUCUCGCGAAGGAGAUGCUGAUCGAAUUUUUUUUAUUGGUGACUUCCCUGGUCCUCCUCUGGGUGGCGUUGAGGAGGCCCUCUGGGCUACCUCCUGGACGAUGGGGUCUGCCUGUGAUCGGCUACGUUCCUACGAGUGGCAAAUACAUCGACGACGUCCUGAAGGACUUCCAGAAGGAGUUUGGUGACAUAUAUAUAUGGAAAUUUGGAAGCAGACUUCAAGUCUUCAUACACGAUUACCAUUUAAUCAAGCAGGCUUUUGGGAGUCCAGAUUUCGUCAGCAGGCCUGACAUGGAACUGUUCAAAGCCUAUGAGGAUGAUAUUUAUGGCAUUGCCGGGAGUAGUGGCAGUAUCUGGCACACCAACCGCCGCUUCAUCCUGCGUCAGCUGCGGGACCUCGGCAUGGGCAAGUCCCGCCUGGUGGAGGCGGUGCAAGAACAGGCCAAAAUUCUCGUCGAGGCCCUGAAGGAGCAAGAGGGCGAAGCGCGGCCUAUCGCCGAGGCUCUGAACUUCGUCAUCAUGAACAUCAUCUGGAAAAUGACUGCGAACAAACAUUUCGAAAUUUCGAGUCCAAAACACCGAUACUUGAGACAGCUGAUGGCGGACUCCACCCCUGCAUCCAACAAGCUGGCGAUAGCGGACAUGAUGCCGUGGACAAGGACCCUUUUGCCCUCUUUCAUUUUCCGCCGCAUUUUCAAAGAGGACAAAUUAAUCGAGAUUUUGGACAAAUUCAACGAAUUUUUCCGAGAGAUGAUCCAAGAACACGAAGAGUCCCUGAACCCUGACGACCCGAAGGACCUGAUCGACGCCUACCUCCUGGAGAUGAAGUACAGGGAGGAAAAUCCGGGAGAGGCUGAGGGCGUUCGUCAUGAGGCUGACCUACGCAUCAUGCUCUUUGACGUUCUCUUUGCCGGGAGUGACACGACCUACAAUACCAUGAAGUGGAUAUUUCUCUACAUGGCAGCCCACCCGGAUAAGCAGCAGAAGGUGCAAGAGGAGCUGGACACCGCUCUUCCCAGCGGCACUCUCGUGAUGCUGGAAGAUAAGCCUAGGAUUCCCUAUACUGAGGCCGUGAUCAACGAAAUCAUUCGCAUGUCCAGUCUGGGCAACAUAGGAUUGCCUCACUCUCCUACCAGGGACGUUGUCCUGGCUGGAUAUAGGAUCCCAAAGGGAAGUUUGGUCACCCCAGUCAUAAUGUCUAUGCAUUACGAUCCAAGGUACUGGGAUCAACCCGAUUUGUUCCUCCCUGAACGCUGGCUUAGUCCUGAGGGAAAGUUUGUUAUGAAGAAGGAAGGCUACCUGCCCUUUGGCACUGGCAAAAGAUCGUGCGUUGGAGAAUCUCUCGCCCGCAUGGAGCUGUUGGUGUUCACCACCGCCGUCUUGCAGAAAUUCACCAUCAGUCCACCAGAGGGAAAGACUGUCGACUUGCUGCCAGACUACGACAAUAGGUUCUUACACUUCCCAAGACAACAGAGCCUUGUCUUUACCAGCAGGAAUAUAUAAUUUGUAAACUGUAUUGCCUUCGUCGUUCGCCCAAACGAACAUGGAAGAAGAUAUUUUAAUGGGGGGGUUCAUGUUCUAAAAAAGGAAUUUCCAUAGACCGAGUAGGUUUACUUGGUCUCGAGACCGUUAAAACUCCCGGAGAAAUAAAUCCGAGGUUGGCGGCUUGUAUCUAUUGCAUGUUUAUUGUACAUGUAUGAUGAAUUCAUACAUUAAUAAGUACGAUGUCCAGAUAUUUGCUAUUAAGUUACCUUACUAUAAAUAUACUCCCAACAGUAA